AUGGCGUUAGUAAAUCAAUUUCAAAAGUUUUCGAGAUCAAUUCUCUGCAUUGCUUCGAAUUAUUCAAAAUUCACAAGCAACACAAUGUUGCCUUUUUUACAGACAACAAGAGGAACAUCAACGACGCAACCACUUUCAGAAAAACAAGAAGUUAAUAUAACAUUUGUUAAGGCAAGUGGAGAGAGAAUCAAAGCAAAAGGAAAAAUUGGAGAUACUAUUUUAGAUAUAGUAGUAAAUAACGAAAUUGAUUUAGAUGGAUAUGGUGCUUGUGAGGGAACAUUAACUUGUAGCACAUGUCAUUUGAUAUUUCCAAAAGAAGUUUAUGAUACACUUCCUGACAAACCAACAGAUGAAGAAUUAGAUAUGUUAGAUCUAGCAUAUGAAUUAACAGACACAUCACGACUAGGUUGUCAAAUAGUAAUGACUAAAGAACUUGAUGGAAUUGAGGACUUGGUGGCGAUCUAUCUGCCGGUGUAUCUGGUGGCGUAACUAUGUUUCUAUGUCCGCUCACAUUUAAAUGAUUGUGCGUCGCUGCGAUCGAAGCUGGCGAUGAAAGCAACAAGGGCGGUGGGGACAUUGACACGUGUCGAUGAUGAUGAUGAUGAUGAUAAUGUUGGUAUUGUGUCGCACGGCUGUGUAUUGUAUGACUGGCAUUUAGUUGAUUUGUCACAGAUCCAACUUUUGUAGGACAGCCAGCAUAGUGGAUAGUCAAUGGACCACGUAGUUGUUGUUGCUGUUGUAAUUGAGGUUGAUUUUGCUGCUGUAAUUGCUGUUGACGCUGCAAUUGUACUGCCGCUUCACAUUGUUCGCGCGCUAACGCCUUUACGGCGUUCGUCUUCUCCUAGAAAAUAAUAAUAAUAAUAAUAAUAAAAGAUUACUUUGAUCAUAAUGUAUUAUAUAUAUAUAUUUUUUUUUCGAACUUGAAAGAAAAGAAAGAAAAAUAAUAUUGUUUUAAUAGAACUUUGUAAACCGAUUCUCAAGAUAUAAUAUAAUAAUCGUAACUUUAAUUCGGAUUUACGUGAUUCAAAAUGUCUUUCUUAUUCACUGUCAAUGAAUUUGAUAUGAGACAAAAAAAUGUUGGAUCAUCGAAUUCUUUCUUUUCUUCAAUAUAAUUAUAUUAUUAAAUGUUUUUAUAUAUAUAAAUAUGUUAUAUAUGAUUUAAUGAUAUACUUUCUGAUAUUUUCAUUCAAAUAUAAAUAAAAUUAUUAAUUAUGACAUAAAUAAAUAAUCUAACUCUUUUACAUAAAAAAUGUAUGUUAUAGAAUAAACAAAAAAUUUGUGAUUGAAAUUAUAAAAUACUUAUAAUAAAAAGAGGCAAUAUCAAUAAUUACAUAUUUAAUAUAGUUUGUGAAUAGAAUGACGCGACAUAGUUAAACGUUUUAGGUAACAUAUACUAAUCGUGUACGCUUGCGUAAUAGGAUUCUCAAAGGCUAUUUCUGUAGUGUUUGUGCAUUCAGUUAUAUUAUGUUUUAUAUGAAAUUUAGAUAAAUCGUAGAAUAAAAAAUUCUUAACAUCUGACGAAUAUAAUUAUGAAAUUAUUAUGUAUGUAAAGAUUGCCAAUAUAAAAUAUUUUAAUAUUUUUAAAUAAAAUAGUUAUUCCAUAACACAAA